CUCUUGAUGUCCAGGAUGGAGGACUUCAUUUCACUAGUAAGAGCUAAUGCACGAGUGGCAGUGCAAUUGGUGUACCAUGACUACGUUAUGUCCAGGCCUACAGAGUUUGACCCACAUCACUCAGAUACGGGAGAUGUAGUCACGCACGUCCCGGUAAUUAGGAUAUUCGGAUCAACGCCAGCGGGUCAGCAGGUGUGUCUACAUGUACACGGGUACCUCCCUUACUUCUAUCUACAAGUACCAAAGGAUAAAGAUCCACAUAAAUUUGCUAAGAAAGUACAUAGAGUACUGGAGGUAGUAGCAAGAAGAGCUGCUGCAGACAAGAAGAGCUAUCGUGGCCAUAAAGAUAGUUCCGCAGUACAUAAACCCACUGGUGAUAAAGAGGCUGAGCAAUUCAUAACUGAGUCACAAGGUGAUAAGGAUGAACGACAACAGAGUACGAGACCAACUCCAGGUUCUAGUAGCCAUAGUUCACAGAGAAGGCGUAAUUCAAGGAUACGACUAAUGAGCCAAUCAUCACAGAGGAUAGCACUACUCAGAAAACAGACAGCGGCAUCAACAGCACAUAUACACCGAGUUGAUGUAGUGGAACAUCUGUUAUUCUAUGGCUACCAUACCAAAAAGCAGAAGUUUAUCAAGGUGUACCACUAUAACCCGGCAUAUACCAAGUAUCUAGCGGGAUAUGCAUAUAGCUCCGGAAUUGAUGGGCAUUUACUGCAGCCUUAUGAAGUACACAUCAGCUACUUCAUGCACUUCAUGUCUGAUUACAACCUCCGGGGAAUGGACUACGUCUAUUUAUCCUCAGCAAUCAAGAUAAGGCAGCCAAUACCACUGUAUCCAAAUUGGUCAAUGCACGACCAUCCACUUUGGAAACGUAUAUCCAACUAUACAGGGAGUAACCAGGAUAAUACAGCCCCGAUGAUGGAGAAAUUGAUCCUCAGGAACUCACCGUCUAUAUUCAUGUCGGAGCACAAAAAAGUGUCUAAUAGCGAGCUUGAGAUUGAUACCCACGUAGCAAGUAUACUGAAUAUAUUUGAAUGUAGUAGUGCGUUACAGGGGAAUAGCCAGGACCUGACACAGCGCGAAUUUGCAGUGGGAAGGUAUAUGGGCCCAUUGGGCCAAUUCAUGCAAUAUUGGAACAGGCAUUGUACUGAUCUCCAAACACUAUCACUGUCACCCAUUGAGUCACAGGAAGAACCACCGCCAACAUUUGCCUCCAAGGAGACCCUCAAGCAAUUCUAUGACUUUAUAGAAGAACGAACUAAAUGUGCUUGCAAACGAGUUGACACGGAACUUAAAUAUGAGGGAUGUCCUAGGGAAAGAAUUAAGCAAAAUGAACUCAUUACAGUCAGCUCCGCGUUUUUCCACUCUGAUUCCCAUGAACAUAGAAAAACUGAGGAACAUGGGUGCUAUGCCUACAGAUUUGCGUUACCGCUACCAAGGCUAAGUAAACAGAUAAAGACUGAUAUCCCACCAAGUGGACAUCAACAGGAUUUAUUCGACGUAGAUGAACCAAAUUCACUGUCUACUACACAGUCUUUACAGGACACCGAUCCACCAAUUGAUAUGGACCCAGCAUCGGAUGCAACCGGUGCCCCGGAUAACUUUGAAAGCGGGAUUGUAAUCGAUGUCAUAACUGAAUCUGAACCUAACAAGGUGUACCCAGAUCCGCUAGUGCACAGUAUACUAGCUGUCGUAUACACUAAAAGGGAUCAUAGGUUGGUACAACGGUUCCAGGAACUUGGGUUGCCAUAUGCAGAUGUACAAGGAGCUAUUAUAGUAGAUCCACUAAAGUCAGGUACUAAAAAGCAAGAUAGAGCUAAAUUAACCGGGUUCAAUAGAUUUGCAAUGGUGCAAAGGAAGAAUAUUAACAUGGAUACCAUAGAACGUAUAAUUAACUCACAGAAGUAUAUAAACGUGGCUUAUGUACAAUCGGAAAGGGAGUUAAUACAGGAAGUGGAAAACUUGUUUAUUAAGUUUGACCCAAAUAUUAUAUAUGGAUACGAUGUGGCACGGAGUUCAAUUGGAUACAUACAGCACAGAGCUGCCGCAAUAGGUGUGCCAGACUUCCUAGAAAGGAUAUCAAGAGUACCACCUAAACACGAAAGACAGAUAACGGAUAUAACAACGAUUAUGACGCAUCAAAAUGCUAAAUUAAUCAAGGGCAGAUAUAAAAGCAGUAGCAUUAAACCAGUAUUUUGCCUAGGGAGACUUAUAUUUGACCUGGCUGAUGUGGCACUGAGGGAGCUUAAUCUCGCUAACUUAACACUGGAGAAUAUAGUCUAUAACCAGUUUGAUUACCUAAUGCCCGUUUACAGUCAAUAUACGCUUAGUAAGUGGUUAACUACAAGUGUACAGCUCAAUGCAAGUAAUGACCCUAGUGCCACUACAGAAUCUGCCCCAAAACAUGGAUCAUACAAACCACACGCUUACAGAGCUAUAAGGUACAUGCUUUUCCGGAACUAUGCAGUACUAGCGACUAUGGAUAAACUAGUGUACCUACGAAGGUAUGCAACAUUCUCGAAACUAUAUGGCCUGGAUAUUAAAAGUGCUAUAGUACGAGGAAGCCAGUAUCACGUGGAAAGCGUACUGCUCAGGUUCACCAAGUCAUAUGGCUACCUUUUACCAUCUCCUACCCAAAGACAGGUACAUGAACAAAGACCCUCCGUGGCAAUACCCAUUGUCAUGCAACCCCAAAGUGGUUUGCACCUAGCGCCAGUUGCGAUACUUGACUUCCAGUCACUGUAUUCGUGCAUCACGAUCGCAUACAAUAUUUGCUACAGUACUUGCCUAGGGCUGCUCAGUGAACACAAGAAAAAUAGCGGUAGCAUUAAACUAGGUAUAAUGACAUACUACCCAGAAGAGGGUAUACUGGAGGAUAUUACGGAACACAGAACAGAUAAAGGGAUUGGGGUGCACAUCACGCCAAAUGGAGUAAUGUUUGUAGAUAAACGUGUUAGGGAAGGGAUAUUGCCUAUGAUGUUGAAAGUAGUACUACAAAGCAGAAGGAAGAUAAAAGAAGCUAUGAAACAACCUGAUAUGGAUGCAAUCAGCUUACAUAAACUAGAUAGAGAGCAACAUGGACUGAAGAUGUUAUCCAACUUAUCAGUAGGGCUGACUGCAUCAAGCUACUCGGGAAGAAUGCCAUGCUCCGAUCUAGCGGAGUCUGUAGUGUCCAUUGCAAGAGCACUUAUACUCCAUUGCAGAGAAAUAGUACACAAUAACUUCGAUGCAGAGGUUAUAUACGGAGAUACUGACAGUAUAUUCAUAAAGUUUCCCGGGAAAAACGUUGUAGAGGCGGAAGCUGAGGCAAAGAAAAUAGCCAAAAAGAUAAAUGAAGCUGUACCUGAACCUAUUAAAAUACUGUUCCAGAAGGUAUAUUCACCGUGUAUACUGGUUUCCAAAAAGAGAUACCUAGGUUUGGCACAUAUAGAUGGACAGGUAUUCUACGAUGAUAAAGGUGUGGAAACAAUGCGGUCUAGCGAAUGCAACCUCACGAGGGCACUGCUCAAGGAUGUUCUAGAAUCCAUCCUAAAGACAAAGUCAUUAGACACAGCGUAUGAACAGUUGGUCCGGGCGUUCCGCGAUCUAAGCCACAUGUGGACUUUGAAGGACUUUAUAACAUAUAGGCAAGUUAGGCUGGGGACGUACAGCGAGGAGGUAACUGGGCAAGUGGGUACCCUGCCGGCAGCGGCUAUUGUGGCAAAAUAUAAAAUUGAAAAACACUACGGGGAUAGAAUUCUCGAAAAUGAAUACAUACCGCAUGUAUUCACGCACUCGAGAAUAGAACAUUACAGUGGUGUGAAAGGUGGCGCCGUAUACCCAAAUGAUGUCAUUGGUAUUUUCAAACCGCACGACUAUAUAAAGGAACGAGGAUAUAAGACACUGCCGCAGAAUACUGUACAAUCGAUCAUGGACCAGAUUAAACAAGCUAUGCCGCUACAUCUAGUGGAUGUUGACUACUACCUCAAGAGGCAGCUGUUUCCACCAUUACAACGGAUGCUUCAAGUACUGGAUACAAGCCCCCAAAAUGGCAUUGUAAAGACACUACUGCGCAAUAUAUACGAUAUAAGACAUGUAGGAAUAGACUGUAUCCGAAGGACACAUGCGAAAGUACACUUAACAGGAACUUUAUGGCAAUACUGCAGUAGUACUAUCUCGACUGAGGAUGACAGUGCAUCCAGAUCUGUUAAACCAGGAACAAACAGCGAUACUGAAAGCACGGAAUCCAUUACGGAUACUCCCACAACUGAAUAUAAGGAUCAAUUUUGCCAGGAAUAUGCACUCCAGCCACAGCAAACUCUACUGAGGACCUUGGAUACACUCAAUACGCUAGAGAGGAAGUUAGAGGCAAUCCAUAACAUAUGCCUAAAUUGUACCGGAAGUGCUGUCGCAAGCGCAUCUUGCCAAAAUGCUUGGCAUUGCGAGGUGUACUUCCACAAAAUAACGUAUAAACGGACACUAGCACAGACACUAAGGUUAUAUAGAAACGUGCUGAAAAUAAUGUAUACAACAUAGUAA